GGGGCGGGCGUAUAGGCGCCGCGGCCGCGUGACGCGUUUUCAAAUCUUCAACCGCCGCAGCCCACCCGUUUGUGCUUUGCGCCUUCCUCCUCUGCGCUUUGGAGCCAGAUCCGGCCCUGGAAACCCGACCAGUAGACGUGGUACCUCUACUGCGUGGAGGCCGGAGGUGGCGGAAGAAGAGAGGCGGCCGUUCUGUCAACUGGCCUGGCUGGGGAAGCCGUGCUUUUGCGGUCGCCCGGCGCCACACUUUCUCCGGACCCAGCAUGUAGGUGCAGGGCGGCUGCCAUGAACUCCGGAGCCAUGAGGAUCCACAGUAAAGGACAUUUCCAGGGUGGAAUCCAAAUCAAAAAUGAAAAAAACAGACCAUCUUUGAAAUAUCUGAAAACUGAUAACAGACCAGAAAAAUCCAAAUAUAAACCACUUUGGGGAAAAGUAUUUUACCUUGACUUACCUUCUGUCACCAUAUCUGAAAAACUACAAAAGGACAUUAAGGAUCUGGGAGGGCGAGUUGAAGAAUUUCUCAGCAAAGAUAUUAGUUAUCUUAUUUCAAAUAAGAAGGAAGCUAAAUUUGCGCAAACCUUGGGUCGAAUAUCUCCUGUACCAAGUCCAGAAUCUGCAUAUACUGCAGAAACCACUUCACCUCAUCCCAGCCAUGAUGGAAGUUCAUUUAAAUCACCAGACACAGUGUGUUUAAGUAGAGGAAAAUUAUUAGUUGAAAAAGCUAUCAAGGACCAUGAUUUUAUUCCUUCAAAUAGUAUAUUAUCAAAUGCCUUAUCAUGGGGAGUAAAAAUUCUUCAUAUUGAUGACAUAAGAUACUACAUUGAACAAAAGAAAAAAGAGUUGUAUUUACUCAAGAAAUCAAGUACUUCAGUAAGAGAUGGGGGGAAAAGAGUUGGUACCGGUGCACAAAAAACAAGAACAGGAAGACUCAAAAAGCCUUUUGUAAAAGUAGAAGAUAUCAGCCAACUUUAUAGGCCAUUUUAUCUUCAGCUGACCAAUAUGCCUUUUAUAAAUUAUUCUAUUCCGAAGCCCUGCUGUCCAUUUGAUGUAGAAAAGCCAUCUAGUAUGCAAAAGCAAACUCAGGUGAAACUAAGAAUCCAAACGGAUGGCGAUAAAUAUGGUGGAACCUCAGUUCAACUCCAGUUGAAAGAGAAGAAGAAAAAAGGAUAUUGUGAAUGUUGCUUGCAGAAAUAUGAGGAUCUAGAAACUCACCUUCUAAGUGAGCAACACAGAAACUUUGCACAGAGUAACCGGUAUCAAGUUGUUGAUGAUAUUGUAUCUAAGUUAGUUUUUGACUUUGUGGAAUAUGAAAAGGACACACCUAAAAAGAAAAGAAUAAAAUACAGUGUUCGAUCCCUUUCUCCUGUUUCUGCAAAUGCCCUGAAAAAGACUGAACAAAAAGAAAACGUGGAAUUGCAACAUACUUCUCAGAAAGAUUGCUGGAGAGAUGAUAUACAGGCAAUGGAGCAGAAUUUCCUAUAUAAAGAGACCCAGAAAACAGAAAAAAAGCCUGUGUUUAUUUCAGAGCCCAACCCCCACCCUUCAAAUGAAUUGAGAGGGCUUCAUGAGAAAAUGACCAAUAAAUGUUCUAUGUUAAAUACAGCUGAAAAUGACAUAAGACAGAAUUUUACACAGCUACCUCUACAUAAAAACAAACAGGAAUGCGUUCUUGACAUUUCUGGACACACAUUAAGUGAAAAUGACUUGGAAGUACUAAGGGUAGAUCACGAUCAAUGUAACGUACAGGCAUCUGCACAUGUUUCUGACUUCAGUAUAGAUAGUACAUCUCAACCAAAACAAAACUCAGAUACUUUGCUUUUUCCAGCAAAGGAUCUCAUGGAAAAGGACCUUCAUUCAAUAUUUGCUCAUGAUUCUUGUCUGAUAACAAUAAACAGUUCACAAGAGCACCUAACUGUUCAGGCAAAGGCUCCAUCCCAUACUUCUCCUGAGGAACCCAAUAAAUGUGACAUCAAGAAUACGGAUAGUUUACCUUCUGGUAGAAUACGUAGAAAAGUGAAAAUAUUAUUAGGACGAAAUAGAAAAGAAAAUCUGGAACCAAAUGCUGAAUUUGAUAAAAGAACUGAACUUAUUACCCAAGAAGAAAACAGAAUUUGUAGUUCACCGGUACAGUCUUUACUAGACUUGUUUCAGACUAGUGAAGAGAAAUCAGAAUUUUUGGGUUUCACAAGCUACACUGAAAACAGUAGUAUAUGCAACGUUUUAGAUAUUUGGGAAGAGGAAAAUUCAGAUAACCUGUUGACAGUGUUUUUCUCUUCACCUUCAACUUCUACAUUUACUGGCUUUUAGACUUUAAAAAAUGCAUACUUUUCAGAAGCGAUAAGGAUCAUAUUCUUGAAAUUUUUAUAAGUAUAUAUGGAAAUUCUUAGAAUUUUUUUUUUACCAACCUUGUUUAUAGAACCAAAUGUAAAUAUUAAGUAAUGUUUAGAGUUUACAGAAUUGAAUGCCUGUUACAGAAAAAUUACAGAAUAAACUUGUGACUGGUGUUUUGCAUAA